GCUAACUCGGCGAGCCUCUUCCUCUUCUUGAGCGCGUGGCGCGCCUUCGGCCAGCCAAGCCUUCCUCAUUACUCUUCUCUAUAGAAAGGGGCGAAACUUCAGGCUACUGCUGUGCCUAGCUCCGCUUAUUUCUUCCUCGGCAGCCAUGGAAGCCGCUGCCGCUCGGGGUGGGGUGCCGGCGCCCGAGAUCGAGAAGUCCGUCGCCGACACCGAGGACGUGGAGUCGGAGCCCGUGGCGGCGGUGGAUCGGCGUGGGGAGGAGCGCGUGCCGCCGUGGCGGGAGCAGGUGACGGUGCGCGGCCUGGUGGCGGCGCUGCUGAUUGGGUUCGUCUACACCGUGAUCGUCCUCAAGCUGGCGCUCACCACGGGCAUCAUCCCCACGCUCAACGUCUCCGCCGCGCUGCUCGCCUUCCUCGCGCUCCGCGGCUGGACGCGCGCGCUCGGCCGCCUCCGCCUCGGCGGCGCGCCACGCCCCUUCACCCGCCAGGAGAACACCGUCGUCCAGACCUGCGCCGUCGCGUGCUACACCAUGGCCUUCGGUGGUGGGUUUGGAUCGUCGCUGCUGGCUCUGGACAAGAAGACGUACGAGCUGGCCGGAGUGAACACGCCGGGCAACGCGCCGGGAAGCUACAAGGAUCCUGGCAUCGGGUGGAUGACCGGAUUCCUCCUCGCGAUUAGCUUCGUUGGGCUCCUCAAUUUGCUCCCACUCAGAAAGGCUCUGGUCAUAGACUACAAAUUGACUUAUCCAAGUGGGACUGCAACUGCUGUUCUUAUAAACGGAUUCCACACACCCAGAGGAGAAGAGAAUGCAAAGAAGCAAGUCAGUGGAUUCCUGAGGUGCUUCGGGAUCAGCCUCCUAUGGAGCUUCUUUCAGUGGUUUUACGCAGGUGGCGAGGGUUGUGGAUUUCUUCAAUUCCCUACUUUUGGUCUAAAGGCUUGGAAACAAACGUUUUUCUUCGAUUUCAGCCUCACUUAUGUUGGUGCGGGAAUGAUCUGCUCACACCUUGUGAACCUUUCGACCCUCUUUGGUGCUGUACUUUCUUGGGGGAUAUUGUGGCCACUCAUCAGCAAACAAAAGGGAAACUGGUACCCAGCAAAUGUACCAGAGAGCAGCAUGACAAGCUUGUUUGGUUACAAGUCCUUCCUGUGUAUAGCUCUGAUCAUGGGAGAUGGUCUCUACCACUUCAUCAAAGUCAUGGUUAUCACUGUUAAUAGUUUACACGAACGGUCCAGCAACAAACAUACUAAGAAAGUGAAAAAUGAGGAUACUAUUGCAGCAGAUGACAUGAUGAAGCACGAUGAGGUCUUCAAUACGGACUCCAUACCAAACUGGCUGGCAUACAUUGGAUAUGCCUUACUAAGCAUCAUUGCAGUAAUUGCCAUACCAAUAAUGUUCCGACAGGUGAAGUGGUACUAUGUGAUCGUAGCCUAUGUUCUUGCUCCAGUGCUGGGGUUCUCCAACGCCUAUGGAACCGGGCUCACUGACAUGAACAUGAGCUACAACUACGGCAAGGUUGCUCUCUUCAUCUUCGCAGCCUGGGGAGGCAAGGACGACGGCGUCAUCGCCGGGCUCGUCGGCUGCGGGAUCGUGAAGCAGCUCGUGCAGGUCUCCGCCGAGCUGAUGCACGACUUCAAGACGGGCCACCUGACGUUGACGUCGCCGCGAUCCAUGCUCGUGGGGCAGGUGGUCGGCACGGCCAUGGGCUGCGUCGUCUCGCCGCUCACCUUCGCGCUCUUCUUCCGGGCGUUCGACGUCGGGAACCCGGACGGGUACUGGAAGGCUCCCUACGCGCUGAUAUUCCGGAACAUGGCCAUCCUGGGCGUCGAGGGCGUCUCGGCGCUGCCGGCGCACUGCCUGGAGCUGUCGGCCGGCUUCUUCGCGUUCGCGGUGCUCGCCAACGUCGCGAGGGACCUCCUGCCGCGGAGGUACGGGGCGCGCGUGCCCCUGCCGACGGCGAUGGCCGUGCCUUUCCUCGUCGGCGCCAACUUCGCCGUCGACAUGUGCGUGGGGAGCCUGGUGGUGUUCGCCUGGCGGAAGGUCGACGGCGAGGAGGCGGCGCUGCUGGUGCCGGCGGUCGCGUCGGGCUUCAUCUGCGGAGACGGGAUCUGGACGUUCCCGUCCUCCCUGCUCUCCCUCGCCAAGGUGAAGCCGCCGGUCUGCAUGAAGUUCACGCCCGGGAGCUAGUGCCAUGGGGAGCGGCGGUGAGGACGGUUAAUUAGUCGAUGAGUAAAUAGGAUGGAUGGCCUUGUCGCAUGAAGCUGGAUUCAUGGCUGUGUUUUCAGCGGAGGCAGACCUUGAGAGGCACUGUCUGCAAGUUGUGCAGCGUUUACAUGAGUGCGUCCUUUGAGAAUUGAGAUGGUCGAAGAUGUAGCCUCUAUUUUUUUUUCA